AUGGUGCAAGUAUAUGUAGCUUGCGGUUCAUGGAAAAGGUGUGCAAUCAAUGGAUGGAUAUUUGUUGCUGAUGAGGACAGAGGAGGACGAGUAGUUACUUUGGAAUCGAGUACUCGUUUUGAAGAACUAGUAGCGAUUGUGUUAGAGGAUUUCUCAAUCGAGGGCGGAUUCGACGUUGAGUUUAGCUACUUGCCACGAGGUUUGAUCAAUAAUACUGUAUCUCCACGAGUUGUGAUUUCGAAUGAUCGUCAAGUGCAAAAUUUCGUGGGUUACAUCCGGAAGCAAGAGUCCAAACAGUUGUGUUUGGCAAUUAAGGAUCCCAAUGGUAAUAAGGAAGUGAACAUUGACGACAUUGGUGACCUUGGUAGUGUACCUCCAAGUGAUGGGUUAUUCCUCGUGAAAGAUGAGAUGAACAGAGGGAAGGGGAAAAUCAAUGAUGAUGAGGAAGUAUUGUCUCAAAAGGAAAUUGAUUAUGAUAAUCAAUUUCGGUUGGCGUUGGUGGAAGCUGUGAAGGUUAAGCAAGAAUUCAGAUGCAAGAAUCAGUUGAUAUCAUGUUUCGAACUCCUGGAAAUGAAGCACAACUUCGACUACAAAGUUCCCAAAUCAGAUAGGAAGUUUUGGACAGCUCGGUGUGCUGAAAAAGAAUGCAUUUGA